CUGCGGGGCAGCCCAGAGAGAUGGAGAGACCUCCGCGGUGAGGCGGGGUGAGGUGCACGGCACUGACGCGGGAGUCCCAGCUGGAGCCAAGCCGGAGCCGGAGCCGGAACCGGAACCCGAGCGCUACCAUGUCCACACAGAGACUUCGGAAUGAGGACUACCCUGACUACAGCUCCACUGAUGUGAGCCCGGAUGAGAGCCCAUCCGAAGGUCUGAACAACUUCUCUUCCCCAGGCUCCUACCAGCGAUAUGGGGAAAGCAGCAGCACAACGUGGUUCCAGACCUUGAUCCACUUGUUAAAAGGCAACAUUGGCACAGGACUCCUGGGGCUGCCUCUGGCGGUGAAAAAUGCAGGCAUUUUGAUGGGUCCCCUCAGCUUGCUGUUGAUAGGCAUCGUGGCCGUGCACUGCAUGGGUCUCCUGGUGAAAUGUGCUCACCACUUCUGCCACAGACUGAACAAGCCCUUUGUGGACUAUGGGGAGACAGUGAUGUAUGGACUGGAAUCCAGCCCUAUCUCCUGGGUCCGGAACCACGCGCACUGGGGAAGGCACACUGUGGACUUCUUCCUGAUUGUCACGCAGCUGGGAUUCUGCUGUGUCUAUUUUGUUUUUCUGGCUGACAACUUUAAACAGGUGAUAGAAGCGGCCAAUGCAACCACCAACAACUGCCACAACAAUGAGACAGUGAUUCUGACACCCACCAUGGACUCGAGACUCUACAUGCUCACCUUCCUGCCAUUCCUGGUGCUGCUGGUUUUCAUCAGGAACCUUCGAGUCCUGUCCAUCUUCUCCCUAUUGGCCAACGUCACCAUGCUGGUCAGCCUGGUCAUGAUCUACCAGUUCAUUGUUCAGGGGAUCCCAGACCCAAGCCGCCUCCCCUUGGUGGCACCCUGGAAGACCUACCCUCUGUUCUUCGGCACAGCCAUCUUUGCAUUUGAAGGCAUUGGGAUGGUUCUGCCCCUUGAAAACAAAAUGAAGGAUCCCCGGAAAUUUCCAGUCAUCCUGUAUGUGGGAAUGGCCAUUGUCACUGCCCUCUACAUCAGCCUGGGGUGUCUGGGGUACCUGCAAUUUGGAGCUAACAUCCAAGGCAGUAUAACACUCAACCUGCCCAACUGCUGGCUGUACCAGUCAGUGAAGCUGCUGUACUCCAUUGGCAUCUUCUUUACCUACGCCAUCCAGUUUUAUGUCCCAGCGGAGAUCAUCAUCCCCUUCUUUGUGUCCCGCAUACCUGAGCAUUGGGAGCUGGUAGUGGACCUGUUCGUGCGCACCAUGCUGGUCUGCCUGACUUGCAUCUUGGCCAUCCUCAUCCCCCGCCUGGACCUGGUCAUCUCCCUGGUGGGCUCCGUGAGCAGCAGUGCCCUGGCGCUCAUCAUCCCGCCCCUCCUGGAGAUCACCACCUACUACUCGGAGGGCAUGAGCCCCCUCGCCAUUGCCAAGGACGUCCUGAUCAGCAUCCUGGGCUUCGUGGGCUUUGUGGUGGGGACGUAUGAGGCUCUUUACGAGCUGAUCCAGCCAAGCAAUGCACCCAUUCUUAUCAACUCCCCCAGUGCCUCUGCAUAGCCGUCUGGGUGCAUCCACUGUACCUGCCCACCACAUCCCUGUGUGUUCCCCAGCACCCAGCCCCAGAGCCUCAGGGAGGGCCCAGGCUCUGGGGAAAAGGAAGGUUGCUGUUCAGAAACCCUGCUACUUGGCACCUAGGUUCCCUGGGCUACUAGGCAGGAUUGAGAGCAGAGGGAAGAGUGGCUAGCAGAUAUGCAGGGGACACCUUUAGUGACAGUGCCAUCAUUGUUCACGUGUACUUCUUUAACCUAGAACCUUACAACUGUUUUCCCCCAUCAGGCCUUCUCCUUUACCUGCCUCUCUCCUCUGACCCACCUUCCCUGAAUUAUUCUUGUUGCACAGCUCACUUUAUUUAAAAAUUUUAGCAUUUCCUUUUCUGGUCCAGACUUAAAUAAGUAAGAACAGUCUUUCUUUAUAAAAUCGGGCCUCUUUCUCAUAUCUCUCCCACAUAUUUUACUUCAGUAUUCUCCUACCUAUUCAAGUCUCUAGCAGGUGUCUGGAUCUCCCUAGUAGUUUAAAACUAGCCCCCAGAGCUGGAGUUUUUAGUCUUUACUCUCUCCGCCUUGCUGUGACCCUCGGCAACACCUUCUCUCUGAAUUCCUCGUGUGGGUCACAAUACUGUGUUCUUAGUUGCUUUAGCUCCCAAAAGAUACCAAGUGCUGCCUCAAUUGAAAAUAUUUAUGUUUUAUUUAAAAUUAGCUUUUGUUCUUAGACUCUCUAGAUCUGAGGUUAUUGUGAAUCGUUCCUUUUUCAGUAAACAUGUAUCAGCUUCUGCUGGAACAGAAACUUACCGCAGGAAACGUCUGUAGGUCCUCAGCACACAAGGCUGAGUACCUCAAAGACUUUAAUCAGGAUCGUCUAAAUGUGCACCUUUGUGGGGAGGCAUGGACGUGGCCCCCCACAACCAGCCUGAUUCCAUAUUGAGCAGAUACGAAGGACUCAGGAAAAUAGCUGCCGGCGCACCAGGCCAAAGGAAUGGGUGGCGGAGUGGGACGUGCUUCGGCCGCGGGAGGCUUCUAGAAUGGUGGCUUGGUGCCUUCCGGCCUGUCUCAGCCUCAGCCCCUGACGCGCAAGCAGCGUCGCAGCGCUCAGUUGCCGUCACGCUGGGAGGACCCCCGCACUGUUGCCCGGAGGAGACAGUGAGGUUGGUGUGCACAGUGCGAAACUAAGUUCAGAGAAUUUACGGCAGCUGGUCUGACACUAAGUGUGGUGCUUGGUUGUUUACAAUCAGCGGGCGACAGGGCAGACACGGUGCCCUGUCCUGGCUGCCGUCAGGGCCUGGAUUCUAAAGGUACUGCUUAGUUGGGAUUUCAGUUCCCUGUGUUCUAAACACUAAUUUUGACGCCUGUCCCUCCCCCUGAGUAUCAAAAAUAGCCUCAGGGCUGGCUCACCUCAAGGUCAGCCUUCAGAUUUGGGAACAAACUGCAGAGAAGGCUGAGGGUGGUACAUUAUCUUGCUUUGGCUGCCCCGUCUUUGCUCUUGGUGUGAGAAAGUGUUCAGAAGGGCAUUAGUCAUUAGCUCUUUAUCUCCUGAGCUGUGUGUGUGUGUGUUUAUGCCUAUGUGGUAGGGUCCUGCUGUCCUCCACUCCUGCCACCAGGCUCUUGCUUACUUGUCUGGAGCUACAGUGUGCCCUGAAAGUUGGGAGAGCAGCACAACUGUAUCAGGGCUUUUUUGUGUGUGAGUUUUACCAAAGCUCCUAAGGGCUCUGACCCGCCUUUACAGCCCCAGCUGCUGCUUCCUUUUCUGUUCCAAAGCCAAACUUUCUCAUUGUAGUUACUCCUAAGUUACUUAUUUACUUAGGAAGAUGUGAUCAGUGGUGACUUGGUCUCCCUUAGGAGAAUGACACUCUUCAUCCACUGUUUCUGCUCAUUGGUGGUUCCUAACAGGUGCUCAAAUGACCAAGAUUCUAGCUGGAGGUGGCCGCAGCCCUGUCCUCUGAAGCCACAGGCUUAGAAGUUACCAAAGUGGGUUCAGGAAUUGUCAUCUCUUGUUUGCAAGUGUGGGCUCCAGCAGUCUGUCCACAGGGGUCCUGAGAAUUGUUUUCAGUGAGAAGGUGCGUGUCAGUAGAAGUGGGUCAGACGAGUGUCCUGCCUGCGGCUUCUGUGGUGGAAGCUUCUGUGCAGGCAGGGAACUAUUCGAAGCCGUCUUGUCCAGGUGGGCAGUCACACUGGGACUGUGAUACUGGGACUUGAGGGCUGGGGAGCACAAUACUGAGUUCCUCUGGCCCCAGGUCUUAGCUAAAUACAGGCUACUGCUUCAGGAUUCCUGACCCAGAGAAUGUGAUGUAUAGAAGGGGUGGCUCUGGCUUUGGGGCUUCUGAAAGCUAAUCUGGCAUAGCUUUUCCUCUGUUUGAUCUCUUUUCUGUGCUCCUGCUUUGACAGCCUGAUUGCAUGGCUCACCCAGAAGACCUGGCAAGGUGAAUCCGGUCAGUGGGCCUUUCUGGUUGUGCAGUUGCACUGCAAUUUGGCGUUGAGUGAAAGGGUCAGUCAAGAUGGCAAUGGGAGGGAGGUGUUCCUCCUCUUCUGGAAGCAGCCUUCUGGGCCUUCUGGGGGCUUCCUCUUCUGCAGCCUCUGGGCCUUCUGCAGUCAGAGAGCCCUUGGUUUCUCUCAUCACUCUUCAGGAACCGGAACCAGCUGUCCAGCCUCGUCCUGUGCCUUGCUCCAGUCCCUGGCAAAAAGCUCCAGCAUAAGCAGGAGUCUGAUCAGGAGCAACAAAACAAAGGCUUUCUGGAGUGUGAGGCUGCAUCUGCCAAACCAAAGGCAAAUCCUGGGUUUUCUGGCUCAGUACUGUUAGGCUCUGUGUCCCUCCCCCAGUCUCCUCAGUGCAGCCCCAGAUUUUUAUUAGCUCAGAAGUAGCUGCUCAGAGCCCCUUGUUCUGGUCUGCAAAUGCCACUAUUGGGAGCCAGUUUCCAACUCCCUGUUGGCAACAUACCUCCCCCGAAAUGCAGGUGCUUGCUGGGAAGAGCAUGACCUGGCAUAUUCUAUUCAAUUUGCCUAGAAGUUGUCACUGUUCACAAGUGACAUUAUUUACAGUGUGCUGCUGUCCAGCUGCUGGGAUCUCUGUCUGCACAAACCCUGGCCAGAUAUAUGUGAAUGUAUGGCAAGUCUUAGCUGAGAACCUGCAGCAGAUGCCCUGCCCCUCACUCACCUCCCCAGCCAAACUCAUUGGCUGAUGCUCUCUACUUCGUACCUUCACAAAAGGUAGAAUUUGCAGUUUUAGCAGUUUUCUUAAAGUGAUGAUCCCACCAAACAAGUAUGUUAGGAAACUGUUCCCCUUACUGUCUCGUACUCCUGUCUUGCUUUUUUCUUCUCCCAAAUUGUAGAAUAUCAUUUCUGUUUAACACUACGUUUGCCUCGUGUAUUUUCGGAAGUGCAAAAUCUCAAUUUAUGUCUGUUUACAGCUUUCUCUAUUUCCUAUGCACAGCAAGGAGGGUCUGUAUGCAGUGGGUUUAUUUUGUAGCUGAUUAGUGGGCCCCAGCAUUGGCCCUGGUCAAAGCAGGAAGCUGGAUCCUCACAGUGGAGACAAAGUACAGGAGGCGCGACGUGGUAAUUAGGGAGUCAGCUCCCAGUCUGCCUCAGAAUUAAAUUUUCCAUAGUACAUUACAAAUCUCCAAGACUGUUAGGGGAAGAAGAGACAGUGUGGUUUGUCUUUGCAAUCAUGGUCGAUCCUUUUAGGCAAUUAGUCCUGCUGGCUGCAAGGCUGUUCGCUCUAACAGCAUCACUUUGUUGCAUUUCUUUCCUGUCCUUGUACCACUGGGUCGUUUCCUGGCCAGGGGUCAUAAAUGGUGCUGAUAAGAGGUUAUCAAAGUGUGGGGAGGUGGGUUGGGGAAUGAGGGUGGAGGGUGCCUAUCAUAACCUGUGUUUUUUCAUUUAAAUCAAGGUGAUUCUGGGGAAGCUAUUUUGUUUCAGUGAAUGAUAAAAUUAUGUGACUAUUGCAAAACAUGUCAGUGGAUGUGUAAAUAAGAGGAGUAUAAAAAACUACUGUCCAGCAGGUCUUGAUAACCACAGAGUACUGUGUAUGCUGUGUGCCUACAUGAAUGUAUGUUCCCACGUGGUAUGUGUAGAGAUGUGAAUCAUGCAGGAGCUCGUAGAUUUCAUUUGGGGUUCUGUACAUGGAUCAUGUGUUAAACUUUUCCUGUUCAAUAAAUGAAUUUUAUUUUUUAUUUUUGAA